UAUCUUUGGGAUAUUACCCCAAUGUUGUGGUGCACUGGCUGCUACGAAAGAUUCAUUUCAGUUCAUCUGGCCAGAGUUGUGCUCUGCCACAAAGAAGUACCCUGUGGGCCUGUGGUGUCCGAAUACAGAUUCUACUGUCCAUCCUUCAUGAAGAUGUGGGCGUGGCCUGGGGGCAAAUAUGUUUCAUCCUGCAACCUUGGUGGUGGCAGAUUCGCGGCGAUUGGAUCUCCAUUUCCUGAUAUGAAAACCAUCGUUCCGGCGCUGCCUUCCACUAAGAAUGCUGCAACUCAGACGGAGGGGGUUAGCUGGUUCUGGGUGGAAGGAGUUGGAGAAAUAAUCAAGGAGGGACCUCCGUUACCAGAUUCAGCAAGCGGCUUGGGGAUAGGAAAGUCCCUGAUGCCACCCAUGGCCUCGUCUGAGCAGGAGGAGCUACGUGCCGCUCUCACAAUCAUCGAGGAUCAGUUCAGCUCUGUGAUUGCAGAAAUAACAGAGCUUGAGCCCGGACCAGAUGACUGUACCACAUCUACAUCUCCAGGGGCAGUAGAGGACACAAGUGGUGAAAACACAGAUCUUCCGCCCGAUGACUGCGAGGAUGCAACAACCAUCGAAAACCUUCCAACCCCAUCAGUGACCAGUACCAGGGGGAUAACAUUGUUCUCCUCCUGUACCACGCCGUGUAUGGAUGAGAUGACAAUCGUUGAUCGGUGGGAUUCAACGGAUGAACCAUCAACAUCAACAAAUGAGGAUGUGCUUCUACUGUCAGCGGGAGAAGAUGACGAUAUACUCGCUGUUUGGCCUUCUACAGAUUCAACCGAACGGAGUCCUCGACCUCAAGAAGGGGGUGUCAAAAAGAAGUUGAGAUCUCAACCUUAAAUGCAUUAUCUACAAAAGAACCUACCGAACCCGACCCUCAAAAGGAUCCCGGACGAGCCCCCAUCUCACGCCUGGACUACUGCAACUCACUCCUAGUUGGUCUGCCGGCAUGGGCCAUCCGACCUCUGCUCAUCCAGAACGCAGCGGCCCGGUGUACAUUUGGGAAUUGUGCAACAAUGCCUACAGAGGAGAAUGUGUGGUGCAGGGAGAUACCCCAGGUAAAAGUAAAUGCUUGGUGUAAAUUAAAAUUAUACAGUCAUUAUUUUUCUGUAAUCAAAUACUUACCUUUAAAAUGUACUAGGUUACAAGACAAGAACAGCUUCAG